AUUACUGCUACUACCUGUUACUAUCACUCCUACAAUACUAAUCCCUGUGCCUCCUCAUCCUGCCGGCAGACAUGAUAGGGUGCGGGCGUGCGGGCGCGGUGGGCAUGGUGCUGCUCCUCGCGGGGGUGCCUUCCUCCUGCUGGCCAUCCUCUCCCUGCUCUCCCUCCUGCUCUCCUGCCACCUCACGUCUCUCCAGGGCGGCGGCACGGGGCUGGGAGCACCAUGGGGGGGCAAAGUUCCCUCUCAGCGUGGCAUUCUGUCGAAAGGGACGCCCAGGGUAGAGAUGCAUCUUGGCACGGCUACACUCACGCCUCCCCUGCUGGCACUGCUGACCAAGCUAGAGACGAAGUACUUCCAAGGAGUGCGGGUCUCUCCUCCCCUGGUGCUGCUGAGAGGCCAGAAGCUGCUAGUGACCCGCGACCUGCCCGCCUACACCAGCGCCCUCCACCAUCUCCACGCCCACUCGCCCGCACACACUCCCACCCUACGCCUUCUGGACACCACCGUCACUCGUGUGAGGAUGGUGGGCGUGAAUGGCUCGGUCUACUAUGCUCUUGAAGAUGAGGCUUGGCGCGGGGGACGAGUGACGGCUCACGAAUGGCGGGUGUUGGUGUGCUUCACCUACACUGACGGAGACUCCUCGGCGUGUCUGCCCCGGAAAUUGUUCCCGGCACUCAGGCUCCACCAGAAGGUGGGUCGAAUACCUGGUCUCAGAUCAACACUUUGGCGACGAGAAGCCUUUUGUGAGGUGCUUCACUCCUCCCGCCUUGUGCCUCCCCUUCGUGCUCUUUCCCCACCCUGCUACGCCCUGCCCAUCCACGCCCACCACCUCUCGGCUGCGGUGCACGCUCUUCCCGACGCCGCCGAAUGGGUGGUGAAAGGGGCCCACUCAGGAAGAGGUGUGGAGGUGAUGGACAACAGGAGAAUGAUGGAUAUGUUAAGGGAGGGAAGGCUGGGCGCUGGCCAGGUGGUGCAACUGCACUGGGGGCCGCCACUGGAGGUGCUGGGCGCAGCGGUGGGUGUGCGGUUCUACCUGUUGAUCACCUCCCUGCAGCCCCUUAGAGCAUACCUGCACUCCCAUGCUGAGGUGACCUUCCGCCUACCCGCUCACCGAGGAUAUGGCAAGAUUCCAGGGAGGGCGUGGACGUUUGCAGCUCUGGCGGCAUGGGUGGGACGAGAGGGCGGGAAAGAGGCAGUGCGGGUGCUGGUCACCCACACUGAAACUCUCCUGACCUCCCUCUCCCUGACCGCUGAUUUGUUGCUACCUGCCAAGGUGAACACCCUCAGGAGGCACCCUCGUCGGUACAGGUGUGAAGGUUGCUAUCAUCUGUUAGGAGUCGACCUGGUCUAUAACUCCACCUUCCACCCGACCAUUGUGGAGGUGGACGGUCAGCCAGAUCUCUCCCCACCCACACCAGCACAUCCAGUCCUCGCCGCGGGUCGGGAACGAGUGGCGCGGGACGUCCUUACCCUACUGACGAGGGAGACGAAAGUGGCGGGACACGUGCAGGAGGCGCUGGCGGAGGCUGCUGAUAAUGUGGGGGUGAUAGGAGUAGAUUGCCUCAUCUCCCACGAGUUGUGCCUCACACUGGCAGAUCUUGAGUACCUCCUAGAAACCCGGAGAGAAAACUGGGACUAUGAACAUUGGGAAAACGGAGUAUAUAAGGGCCAACAUUUAUUAAACAUAGCCAAGUCAAAUCAGUCAGAAACAGAUACAGAAGACGAUGACGUAAGGGAGAAACGGGACGAUGGAAGGGAAAAUGAAAAUAUGAAAGACGCAGGAGUACCUAAGGAGGAUGAUAAAGGAUACCUGGGGAAACAAAGCGAGAAGGAUGACGGUGAAUCGACGAUGAGUGACGGGGAUAUGAGAGGUCAAGGCCACGGAUUUGUUAUGAUCUAUCCGUCACCAGUUGGCCAUUUGUACGACCAGGUGAUCCGCGACCUGUACCAGGCCCUCUCCACCAACACCAGCGCCGCCAUCGCCCCUUCAUCUUACCUCCUCACGGAGAGUUGGAGACACAUGACUCGCGACCUCCAUGGGCUGGUAACGUUGCUGGAGGCUUUCUUCAGACCUCUGCCGCCAGGUGUCUCUCCUCUCCUCGCCAGCCUGGACCUGCACGAGACGGACGCAGUGCAGCAGAAGUGGAUGCAGCAGCAGCAGGCGGGCCAGCAUCACUGCAUGGAUGACCCUGCCACGGCACCCUACCUGCAGAAGAUCACACUCGUGCCUGAAGUGGUCCUUACCCCGUCCUUCACGCCCUUGGUCACCUCCUACUGGGGUCAGGUGGAGUACGAAGUCAUCACGGUUCAAGUAGCGGGGGUGGCGCUUCACUGCCAGGCCGAGGCGAGGUUGGACGAUAAGUUUGGACCAUCAACACUCGUCAACUACACUCUGGGACUCGGAGAGAACAGGGUAGUGGUGGCGGUGGUGGAGAUAGGACACUCAGAGCCUUGGACCCUCAACACCUACACCCUCCAUCUGACGCGCCUCCCCCCGCCACCACCCCCUCCCCAGGUCAAACCUGCGCUUCCCGCCACACCUCGAGAAGUGUGUGCCCUGCGCCAGGAGUGUGAGCUGAGGAUCCUGCCCUCUGAGCCUUGUGGCCUUACCAGGGAGUCUGUUCAUGCAUCCUGGGACGCCUUCCUUGCCCAGCGCCACGGCCUACCCUUCUGUACCAAGGGAGAUGCUCAGGGGCGGUGGGUGGUGCCGUGUGUCUCGUGUGGGGGGAGGAGCGGGUGUGACUGGGUGAAGGCGGUGUGGCAGCCCUUCACCUGCACCCAUCACCCACUCAACACUCAUGCCCUCCAGCAAUGUCUAAAGGGAAAGACGCUGGUGUUCGUCGGGGACAGCACCAACAGAGGAAUGUUGUACGCCCUGCUGGAGUGGGUGAACGGCACACUCACUUCCUGGGACAAGACACACGACCUUCGGCUGGUGCGGGGUGCUAAUGGGGGAGACACCACCUUUGCCUUCGCUUACUACCCGAGGUUCUGGCUGCCCUCCAAUAAGCGUCCAGCCUUUGACCAUACCCUUAACCAGCUCCUACAGAGGGUGCGGCCGUUGACCAACUCCUCGGACACGGUGGUCGUGGUUGGCGGCGUACACUGGCUGGCGGCGCAGCAUCUCCACAUGCUCACAGCGACGCUGCAGAGGGAGGGUUUGGAGGGAGCGUUGGUGGUGGUGAAGACUGCAGGGGCGGGUUUCCAUGUGGCGGCUCCUGGUGUGCACACCGUGUCCAAGAAAGAUCACGCCAGGCUACUGCAGCACUCCCUCCACCUGGCCUCAGUGGCACACGUCCACGGCUACCUGGUGCUCGAUACCUUCAACAUGACGGCCGCCAGGUACCAACACUUUCUGCAGGGAAAGUGUGCCUGCCACUUCCAUAAGAAACAAGUGACCAAUCACCACCAAAAACACCCAUCAAGGAAGACUGUAUGACUCCUCAUACCGAGAAACCUAUGCCCAAUGAAAAAGCAGUGUCUUAGGAUUAACACGUAUUAGACGUCCCUCAGACAGAUUAGAAAUGCAAAGUUUAUCCAUGUGUGUGGGUGCGCCUUGUUUCAUUAUCAUUGCAUUUGGUAUUAAGUGUUUCAAUUACAUGUAUGUUUUAUUUUCCUAUUAUUGCAUUUAGUAUUCAGUAGUAGUUACAAUAGGAGGCAUGAUGUUAUAUGUACAUAUUAACUCUGUUUCGAGUUUUGUUUCAAGGUUUGUUGUUUUGUUUGUCUUGCACUUCAUCUUGUACUUUAUUUCGGCUGUGUACAGAUUUCUGGAGCCAUUACACUCUGAUCCUUGUA